UCUCUCAUCUUUUGAAAACAAAACAAAACAAAAACCAAUAGAGAAAAAAUUACCUUGAGAAUAAAGGUAAUGAUUAAUCUAUCAGGCACAAAAAGGAUCGUUUGGGGGAUUUCAGGUUCUAACUUGCUAAUUCAAAUAAACAACAGUGAACUGGAGACGACAAUUUCACCAGAAGAGGAUUAAGUCACGGGUUCUAAUUGGGACAGUGUCUGUACAGUCAGAGAAUCUCACCAGACAUCUCCAGGAAUCUGUGAGCAGUUGUCAAAACUUCCAUUUUCAUGUGUGAGUGAAGUAGGGACCAGAAGGAGCAGGUACUGGUGGAGAGUGGUCCUUGGAGAAAUCCCAAGAUGCAGCCUGGGAAAGGACAAAAGGGGAAGAAGAGCUUCAAGCAAAGAUUGGUCUUGAAGAGCAGCUUAGCUAAAGAAACAAUUUCUGAGUUCUUGGGCACCUUUAUAAUGAUCGUCCUUGGAUGUGGCUCUGUUGCCCAAGCUAUCCUCAGUAGAGGAGUCUUUGGAGGAAUUAUCACUAUCAAUGUUGGAUUUGCAAUGGCAGUUGUAAUGGCCAUUUAUGUGACUGGAGGUGUCUCUGGUGGCCACAUCAACCCAGCUGUGUCUUUUGCAAUGUGUCUCUUUGGACGGAUGAAAUGGUUCAAAUUUCCCUUUUAUGUGGGAGCUCAGUUCUUGGGAGCCUUUGCAGGAGCUGCAACCCUCUUUGGCAUUUACUACGACGGACUUAUGUCCUUUGCUGGUGGAAAAUUGCUCAUCGUGGGAGAAAAUGCAACAGCACACAUUUUUGCGACCUACCCAGCUCCAUAUCUGUCCUUGACGAAUGCAUUUGCAGACCAAGUAGUGGCCACCAUGUUCCUCCUCAUGAUUGUCUUUGCCAUUUUCGACUCCAGAAAUUUGGGAGUCCCCAAAGGCCUAGAGCCCAUUGUCAUUGGCCUCCUGAUUAUUGCCAUUUCUUCCUCCUUGGGACUGAACAGUGGCUGUGCCAUGAAUCCAGCUCGAGACCUGAGUCCCAGGCUUUUCACUGCUUUGGCAGGAUGGGGGUUUGAGGUCUUCACAGCUGGAAAUAACUUCUGGUGGAUUCCUGUAGUGGGCCCUUUGGUUGGCGCUGCCAUUGGAGGCCUCAUCUAUGUUCUUGUCAUUGAAAUUCACCACCCAGACCCUGACCCAGACUUCGAGACAGAACAAUCAGAAGACAAAACAGAAAAAUAUGAACUUAGUGUGAUAAUGUAGUAGUGUGCUCAGUCUUAAAUUUGCAAUUGGCUGAACUCGUAUUCUCUUCAGAAAAGAUGGCAUCCAGGCAUCUGCGUUUUCGUAAGACUAGGAUGGAAUCCAGUCAUUUUUUUUCUGCUAGCUGUGUGUGAGGCACCUAACUGUAAAAGCAUUCAAGUGAAAGUUUACAAAUGCUGACCUCUUCUCCACCAGUUUCCCCCAGAAUAGCACUGAUUGUCCCCUGCUCUGUUUAUUUCAUCCUUUGAUGGGAAUCCUUAUUACUAGGUGAGUUCCAAUCACUUCAAACCUUGACCACGGACUUAUUUGAAUGACCUUAGCUGCAUUACUUGUAUGAAAUAGCAUUACAAAAGCCUUGUUUUCAAAUUCCACAAAGAUUACAUUUUGAAUAUCAACCAAAACUUGAUUGAAAGACAAAAUAGUGAUUUCAGUUAAUAUGUUCAUGAAUUAGAGUUAACUCUGUAGUUAUGCUGUGCCACUAUAUUUGUAUAGAUACAGAUACUUUUCAAGCCUAGGAAUAAAGGAAACAGUAGAAUACAGCUGGAAAGCACAGGGGAAGGACGCUGUGGCAUUCAGAAACCUCAGGAGACAAGAUAAAUUUGGGAAACCAAAUGGAACUUUUUAAUGGAAACCAUUUGUCAGAUUAAUCUCUUGCUCUUUGCAUUUUAGAGGGCACCAAUUAAUUUCCUUGUCUUUAGUAUAAUAAAAUACAACUGUAACCUCAGUCAUGAAAAAUACAUCACUCUGUAUUUUUAA